GAGCAGAGCUGAACAGAUGCGUCUCCUCCCCUGCCGCCCAACGCCCGCUGCCGGCGAGGGCAGGUGUUCGACAAAAUGUGCACGCGGGUCCAUCCGCCAGGGACUGGUCUGAGAUGCCCCUGGACGCGCUCGCCUGCGUCUUCGCCAAGCUCGGCGCCGUCGAGCUCCUCAUGGGCGCGGGCCUGGUGUGCUGCUCCUGGCUCCACGCCUCCAAGUCCCCAGAGCUGUGGCGGGCCGUGGUGAUGUCGCACCCGCCCGACACUCCGGAGGGAACGGAGGCCUUCCUGCGCGCCAUAGCCAAGGUGUCGUCUGAGUUGUGGCCGGCAGUGCCGAUAACGAGCAUGAACGACCCCUCGCGCGCCAUGGCCAAGGUGGAUGAUGUUAGAGUUAUAUUUAUGUUGGCUUUUGGCCUUUUGCAUUCUGGCCUUUGGCCUCCCCUGUACAUGUAUAUAUGAUGGCGUUUUGCCUCCUGAUAAU